AUGCCUGGAAACAUCGCCGGUCCGAGUUUUUUUUUAGUUCCCCCUUCUCUCCCGGCGGCGGUGUGUAGAAUCGUGGCUGUCCCAGCAGGAAGAUCUGUGGUCUUUGUAACUGGAAACGCAAAGAAGCUCGAAGAAGUAGGAAUCUGCUUUAACAUACGAAAGCCAUUAUUCUCUGUCUCUGCCCAUGUUUGUGUUUUAAUCUAUUUUUACACAGUCACUGAGUACCAAGGGGAGCCAGAUGAAAUUUCUAUACAAAAGUGUAAGGAGGCUGCACGACAGAUUGAUGGGCCAGUCAUAGUGGAGGACACCUGCCUGUGUUUCAGGGCGCUGGGAGGACUGCCUGGGCCUUACAUCAAAUGGUUUCUCGAUAAACUAAAACCAGAAGGCUUAUACAAGCUCCUAGCUGGCUUUGAGGAUAAAUCUGCAUGGGCCCUCUGCACCUUUGCAUUCAGCGCUGGUAGAGAUGAACCCGUGCAGCUCUUCAGAGGGAAAACUGAGGGGCAAAUUGUGGAGCCCAGAGGGCCUCGAGACUUUGGAUGGGAUCCCUGUUUCCAGCCAGAUGGAUACGACAAAACCUACGCUGAACUCCCCAAAGACAUAAAGAAUUCGAUCUCUCACCGCUACCGGGCACUCGCUGCCAUGUCUGAGCACUUCUCACAAAUCAACAGUACAUCACCACAGAGCAAGAAGAAGAAGCAGGAGGAUUAGAGGAUCCUUAUUUACACAAAAACUAACCAGCCUGGGUCUAAAUUAGGUGGUUCCCUCUGUAACACCAGUCCUGUAAACCCAAAGUGAGCAGGUUUUGGGUUAUAUCUGUUUCACCCUUCAUCUUAAUAAACACAUUUUAUUUUCAAAA